GGUUACUGGUUUGGUGCCCUGAGUUUCAACAUGGCUCAGUUCGUCCUUUUUAUUUGCGUGCUCACGACACUUGCUGUUUCAGGACGACACUUUUCUAGUGAGAGGCCUAGUUGUUAUUUGCCGGUGCCCAGGGAACCCAGCUAUGGAGUGAGAACUGCAGUUCGUCCUCAUGAACUCCUGAACCUGGCUGUGAUGCCGAAGUCCUGGGACUGGAGGAAUGUAAAUGGCGUCAACUACGUUAGUACGACUCGCAACCAGCACAUCCCUCAGUACUGUGGCUCCUGCUGGGCCCACGGAAGCACCAGUGCAAUGGCCGAUCGCAUUAACAUCAAGCGCAGAGGAGUGUGGCCAUCUGCCUAUCUGUCCGUCCAGCAUGUGGUCGACUGUGCCGACUCUGGCACCUGUCAUGGAGGGGACCAUGGCGGCGUGUGGGAGUACGCCCACAAACACGGCAUCCCCGACGAGACCUGCAACAACUACCAGGCCAUUGACCAGAAAUGCAAACGAUUCAAUGAAUGUGGCACUUGCACGACCUUUGGAAAGUGCAACACUGUGCAGAAUUACACUCUGUGGAAGGUGGGAGACUUUGGCGCCAUUAGAGGACGGAACAAGAUGAUGGCAGAAAUCUACACUGGAGGACCAAUCAGCUGUGGAAUCAUGGCCACAGAGAAACUGGAUGUCUACAGCGGGGGUCUGUACUCUGAGUACGAGGAGUCUCCUGACAUCAACCACAUCGUGACCGUGGCGGGCUGGGGAGUAGAAAAUGGAACCGAAUACUGGAUUGUGCGCAACUCCUGGGGAGAGCCAUGGGGUGAGAAGGGCUGGCUCAGGAUUGUGACAAGCGCCUACAAAGGAGGAAGUGGAAGCCGGCAUAAUCUUGCUUUGGAGGAAGACUGCAUGUACGGAGAUAUGAUUGUACCCUCGGCUUAUUAAUGGUUGUCAAGCACAUGUAUCUAAAUAAACUAUGAAACUGAAUUUAA